GGCGGAGCCACGGAGAAAAGACAACUGUAAAGAUAAAACUCAACGGAAAUUUGUCCGGGCUCGGAGAUUAAAACACCACAGAAUUUGUUACUUCUCCACUGUGCACUGUUUAUAUUUCAUUUGCUGAUAAGAAGGAGGACAAGGCAGGAUGAACGGAGACUCUGGUGCAGGAGUGGUGACAGCCCCUCCUCCCACUACGGCGCCACACAAGGAGCGUUACUUCGACCGGGUGGAUGAGAGUAACCCAGAGUACCAGAGAGAGAGGAACAUGGCCCCUGACCUCAGGCAGGACUUUAACAUGAUGGAGCAGAAGAAGAGGGUGUCUAUGAUACUGCAGAGUCCGGCUUUCUGUGAGGAGCUUGAGACCAUGAUCCAGGAUCAAUUAAAGAAGGGCAAGACACCUACAAGCUUGUUGGCUCUGCAGCAGAUCGCAGACUUCAUGUCCACAAGCAUGCCCUCCAUGUACCCCGCUGCUCCACAAGGAGGCAUGGCUGCACUCAACAUGAGUUUAGGCAUGGUGACUCCUGUUAAUGACCUCCGUGGCUCAGACUCCAUUUCCUAUGACAAGGGCGAGAAGAUGCUGCGCUGCAAGUUGGCUGCCUUCUACCGGCUCACUGAUCUUUUUGGCUGGUCACAGCUUAUCUACAACCAUCUAACAGUCAGACUGAAUACAGACGAGGAGCGAUUCCUAAUUGUUCCUUUUGGACUUCUCUACAGUGAAGUCACUGCCUCUAGUCUGGUCAAGUUAGAUCUUCAAGGUGAAAUAGUGGAUCGGGGCAGCACCAACCUUGGAGUGAACAAGGCUGGCUUUGUUCUCCAUUCUGCCAUUUAUUCAUCAAGGCCAGAUGUCAAAUGUAUUGUUCAUGUGCACACAGCUGCAGGUGCUGCGGUUUCAGCAAUGAAAUGUGGCCUCUUGCCUAUUUCACCUGAAGCAUUGUCUCUUGGUGAGGUGUCUUACCACGACUAUCAAGGCAUAUUACUGGAUCAAGAGGAAUGUGCACUCAUACAGAGAAACUUAGGGCCAACAAACAAGGUCCUUAUUCUUAGGAAUCAUGGCUUGGUGGCUAUAGGUGAAACAGUGGAGGAAGCCUUCUAUUACAUACACAACCUGGUCACAGCCUGUGAAAUUCAGGUGCGAACGCUGGCCAGCGCUGGGGGGCCAGACAAUCUUGUCAUGCUGGACCCAAGCAAAUACAAGUCACGCCCACGUGUUCCAGAGGUAGACGGGGACGGCUCUUCUACUCAACCCAAGUGGCAAAUUGGGGAGCAAGAGUUUGAGGCUUUCAUGCGAAUGUUAGAUAACCUGGGCUACCGGACAGGCUAUCCCUAUCGUUGCCCCGCAUUAAGAGACAAAACUAAAAAGUACAGUGAUGUGGAUCUUCCCUCUGGUCACGGUGGUUACUCCUAUGGGGAGGACAGUGACUCAGGGGCUCGCUCCCCACUCAAACACAGCUUCCAGCGUGGCCAGCGUGACAAGACUCGCUGGCUCAAUGCGGCUGGCCGACCUGACGAGCUGUACGACGAUGGGCCAGACGGCAGCAGCCCCAAGUCCAAGCCAAAGGUGUGGACGAACAUAACACAUGAUCACGUCAAACCCUUGCUGCAGUCUCUAUCGUCCGGUGUCUGCGUGCCAAGCUGUAUAACCAACUGCUUGUGGACUAAGGAAGAUGGAGUCCGUCAAGCCGCUGUAGCCAAUCAGUUUAUUCCGCUCAACACCAACCCUAAAGAGGUUCUGGAAAUGAGGAAUAAGAUUCGUGAACAGAACUUGCAAGACAUAAAGACGGCGGGGCCCCAGUCUCAGGUUCUUUAUUCUGGAUCAGCGGUGGAAAGAACCUACAUCCAGGGGGAGUUGGUGACUGCAUCCAAAGCCAUCAUUGAAAAGGAAUAUCAACCCAAGGUUAUCGUCAGUAAGCAGGGUCCCAACCCCUUCACCAAACUCACUGACCAGGAGCUGGAGGAGUACCGCAGGGAGGUGGAGCUCAAACAGAAAGGCCAUGAAGCCAAGGCAAAAGCGAAUCCCAAGGAGGAAUCCACUCUGCCCCUUCCUGGAGCUGUCCUGACCUUCACAGAAGCGAAGUCUGAAUCAGUUUCUCCAUGUCUACAGUCUGGCAAUGACUCUCCCACUUUAGACUGGGUGGCUCCUCCCCCCGCCACACCCGCCUCUGAGCAGGACUCGUGUGCAGAUGGCUUAGAAGCAUCUGCAGAUGAUGUUUUUGCAGUGACAGAGGACGAAGUAUGUGCUCUUGAGUCCCCUCAGAAGGAGUUCCACAGUGCCGUGCUGCGAGCCCUCAGCAGGGAGCCUGUAGUGGUAGAUGCAGCUGAGGCGGUGCAGGCCACAGAGCAAACUGAGGAACCUGAUGACGAGGCUAAAGAUUUGAAGGCUGUGUCCACUCCCCCCAGCACCCCUGUCCGAGCAGAGGAAGAGUCCUUGCCAGACCAGACCUUUAAAGAUGAGAGUGACGCUGCCACCCUGCGACAGACCCUCCCCGACCUGACUCCUGAUGAUCCCUCUGAUGCUACAGCGCCCCCUGCUGAGGAACCUGCACCAGCUGCAGAAGACCCUGCCCCUGACCCUGCCCCUGACCCAGCUGCUGAAGAAUCCGCCCCUGCUCCAACAGACACAACCGAAGGGGAGGAGCUUGCUGAAGGAGAACAGGAGGGAGAGGACUCCCCCAGCAAGUCCCCCUCCAAAAAGAAAAAGAAGUUCCGUACUCCUUCUUUUUUGAAGAAAAACAAGAAAAAGACUGAUCCAUAGCUUUGAGCGCCUCCAGUUAUAGUUGCUUCCCGCAGAAAUGUCACACUUAACACAGUUAAGCUUUUCAUUCUCAUGUACGAUGAUUUUUUUUUGUUGUGUUAAUGUGUGCCAACUUUGUAUACAAUGUAUAAACCUAAUUACAUAAUGGUUUUUGAUAUUUGCUUUAAGUAGAGAUGCAUCCAGUCCAUCCUGUCUAACCUCUUAAUGCAUGUUUAUGAGCAAAACUGUGGUUUAAGGAGUUUAACCAACUGUUUUAUUUUAUAUUAACUGUUGUAACCACUAGAAUGUAAUGAGAUUGUAACAGUGUUCAGUGUGAACAAUGAAUGAAUCUUGUAUCUUCAUUUAUUACUCCUUGCAAUUGAAAGUACACUCUUUGGACGGAUUAUAUUCACCAGGUAUAUCUAGCCAUCAAGAAGUUUAAUCUCGAUGCCUUAAUGUGACAUGUGUUACGACCACACAAACAACAGACAAUGAGCAAUAAAGCAAAGUGACGAAGGGCAGUGUAGAAAGUGUCGCGGGAUCAUGUAUUGGAGAAAAGAGUGAGUAGUUCAUGUAUUCUAGCUUUUUUAUUUUACAUUGACUUGUAACCUGUUCUGUUGAUAACAUGCAAAUAUAUUUAAGUUUUAUUCCUUGCCCUGUCAUAUAGUUUGGAAUGAUUGUGAAUCACUGUCUUGGACUCAAACCACUUUGCAUAACCGUGAUAAAAACAUUAAUAGCACUGUUUUACAGCCAUAAGCAAAUCACUGCACGUACACCCAUAUUAUUCAAACUUCCCCUAUUUGCUGUUUGAAUCCACCAGAUCAGCAAGCUAUUGCUUUUUUGUUUUCAGUAAUUCAAUAAUGUGAAUAUAUAUACAUAGGCUUACUGUGACUUGAUAAAUUCUCAAAGGACUAUUUAUGCACUGUGUAGAAAGCUGCACUCUUUACCUUUUGUUUAAUUCUUUUCAACGAUUAUUAACUCACAGUAUCACAAUCAUAUAGGUCGAUUAUGGUUUCAAUGCCCCUUCUGAACUGUUUCAUUGUAUCUCAUUAUUGUACCAUAUAUUACAACAUUAUACUUAAAUGCUCCUUUGCCAUGGCUCUGUUUUUACAACCAUAACUAAACACUACUUGAAAAUAA